AUGGUGGAGGUGUCAGCAAUCCUGGCCAAAAUGCAGUCAAAAUGCUUCUGUCCAGUCUGCCUGGACUACCUCAAUGACCCCGUCACCACCGACUGUGGCCACAACUUCUGCGACUCCUGCAUCCGCAUGUCAUGGAAGGACCUGCAGGACACAUUCCCUUGUCCUGUGUGCCAGCUGGCCCGCCAGGAGAUGCGUAUCAGUGCCAACGCCCAGCUGGGCAGGCUGGUGGACCUGGCCAAGCGCCUGCACAGCUCCGGGAGCAGCAAGAUGGCACGGGGAGAGGAGCACAGGCAUGAAGACCACAGGCAGGGGAUGAGCCUCUUCUGCGAGGACGACCAGGCGCUGCUGUGUCCCCUGUGUGCCCGGUGUCUUGAUCUUCAGUGUUCUGUGGAGGAGGCCACAUCCUAUCACAGACAAAGGCUCAAGUACAUCAAGUCACUGGAAAAGCGGUUGGCAAAGUUUGUGGAGAGUGAGCAAGAGGCAGCUCUCCGAAGGCUGUCAGAAGAGGAGAAACGCCUGCAGCAGCAGCUCAGGGCCAACCUGGAGGCCUACUCGGACCACAUCUGGGCGCUGAAAGACCUCAGACGGGAGGUGGCGGAGCGGAGUGUGAUGUCCGAGGAGGUGGUGCUGAGGGGCGUGAGGGGCCUGCAGCAGCGCUGGGCGGGCCUGCAGGCCCCGGCAGUGCAGCCCCUGUGCUUCAGGCCGGUGGCCUACAGCCUCCCUCCUCUGUGCUCAGCGCUCAAAAGCAUCAUCCGGAGAUUCCGAGAGAGCAUCAGCCUGGACCCCGACACGUCCCACCCCAGCCUGCGCGUGUCUAAAGAUAAAAAGUCUGUGACCUGGGUGAGGAAAAAUCCCAACCUUGCUGGGGAUCCUGGGCCACCGGAAGAUGCCGCCGAGCUGGUGGUCCUGGGCCGGGAGGGCUUCGCCUCUGGACGCCACUACUGGGAGAUGCAGGUGGGCGCCAAGCCCGAGUGGGCCGUGGGCGUGUGCAGUGUCGCCCCUUCGGUCCAGGCCUCGCGUCCCCUGGCGGCUCCCAAGAGAUGCUGGACGCUGCAGCCGCAGGACCGCGUCUACCUGGCCGUGGGCGCGUGGGCUGUGCCUCUGGCUCUCAGGGACCAGCCCCCGGCCAUCGGCGUUUACCUGGACUGGGAGCUGGGCCAGCUUUCCUUCUACAACGCCGCCUCCGACAGGUCUCACCUGCACUCGUUCACCGAGCCCUUUGCUCAAGAGUUCAAGCCCUAUUUCCGCGUGGGGCGUGACUGCACCCCUCUCUCCGUGGGCGUGGGGAGGACGUAG